AGAGGUACUUUUACUGCAGUAAAGGAUUUAAAUACUUCUUCCACAACUGAAACAUCAUUACUUUUCUCUCUGUGUCUUUCUUUCCAGAUCAACUUGUCGUCCAUCCUGCCAGAGACUCUGUCUGUGUUGGGAUCUUUCUUGCGGAAGAACCAGCGAGCUCUGAAGCUCGCCACACUGGCAUGUCUGACGGCGCUGGUCACACAUCACGCUGCCAGCAUCAAACCUGCAGCCCUGGAGCCCGUUCUGAGCGAGCUUCCUGCUCUGGUGGACGAGAGCGACAUGCACGUAUCACAGGUUUCCGUCACCUUGCUGACCUGCAUGACCAGAGCCUGCCCCUCCUCUCUGGCUAAGAUCAGCUCCUCCGUGCUGCCGGGCGUCUUCAGGCUCGUGCACUCUCCACUGCUGCAGGGUGCAGCGCUGGCAGCCAUACUGGACUUCCUACAGGCACUGGUGCUGUCCAAAACCAGUAACCUGGGCUACAGUCAGUUGCUGAAGUCUCUCACAGAUCCGUUCCACAGCGCUCAGUCUUCAGACACCUCCAUCAUCCACAGACAGUCGUAUCAGUCUGUCGCUCGCUGUGUGGCUGCUCUGUCCUCCUCCUGCCCCAAAGAGACACCAGCCACUGUGUCCAGCCUCCUGCAGGAGGCCAAGAACCCUGGUUCUCCGGAGUCUGCCCGAGUCCUGGCUCUGUUGUGUCUGGGGGAGGUGGGGAGGAGCGGCAGCCUGGGGGGAAGUAAGGAGGUGCAGGGCGUCAUCCUGGAGGCCAUCUCCUCCACCAAUGAUGAGGUGAAGACGGCGGCGUCCUGCGCUUUAGGCAGCAUGGCGGUCGGCAGCCUGAACGACUACCUGCCCUUCCUGCUGAAGGAGAUCUCCUCCCAGCCGCGGAGACAGUACCUGCUCCUGCACUCCCUCAAAGAAGUCAUCAGUGCCUGUCCGGCCUCUAGUCUCUCGGCCCACGUGGAGUCCAUCUGGGCUUUGCUGUUUCAGAACUGCGAGUGUCAGGAGGAGGGGACCAGGAACCUGGUGGCUGAAUGUUUGGGGAAACUGACCUUAGUGAACGCUGCACAACUGUUACCCAGACUCAAACAGCAGCUGAGAGACGGUUCUCCUCUGACUCGCAGCACGGUGGUGACAGCUGUCAAGUUCACUAUUGUCGACCAACCGGCUCCCAUAGACUCACUGCUGAAGGACUGCAUCGGCGACUUCCUGAAGACGCUGCAGGACGAGGACCUCAACGUGCGCCGAGUCUCGUUGGUGAUGUUUAACUCUGCAGCUCACAACAAGCCAUCUCUGAUCCGGGGUCUCCUAGCAACAGUGCUGCCUCACCUGUACAAAGAGACGCAGAUCAGGAAGGACCUCAUCAGAGAGGUGGAGAUGGGUCCCUUCAAACACACGGUGGACGAUGGUUUGGAUGUGCGUAAAGCAGCUUUCGAGUGCAUGUACACCCUGCUGGACAGCUGCCUGGAGGGGCUGGACGUCCUGCACUUCCUGGAUCAUGUGGAGGAAGGACUCAAAGAUCACUAUGACAUCAGGAUGUUGACCUUCCUGAUGUUGGGCAGACUGGCCUCUCUGUGUCCUGCAGCUGUUCUCCAAAGACUGGACAGACUGAUCGAGCCUCUGAAAGCUACCUGCACCACCAAGGUGAAAGCCGGAUCGGUGAAGCAGGAGUUUGAGAAGCAGGAGGAGCUGCGGCGCUCCGCCAUGCGCGCUGUCGCCGCCCUGCUGGCCGUGCCCGAGGUGGAGAGGAGCCCCAGCAUGGCUGACUUUGCCAACCAGAUCAGAACCAACGCUGACAUGGCGUCCAUCUACCAGAGCGUGCAGGGAGGGGACGGGGGGGGCUUAGGGCCCGCAGAGGGCAUGGAUAUGAGCUAGACGCCGGAUGAUGGAAGAAAUGUUUCACUUUGAUGUUUUUUCUAGACAAAAGCCUUUUUAAAGAAGCACGAUGAGGUUCAAAUGUGUUAUACAAUCACAGCUGCAUUUUAAAAACUGGCCUUUUUAGUAGGAAUUUCCUCACCAACAAAAAGAAAAGCGACACUGGCCUUGUUUUCUUGGUCAGAAAUGGGUUUGUUAAGUUCUCAUGAAAUAAAGUGGGAGCAACACUUU